GCGGCCAGUCUUCAACUGUACUGCGUCCGGCAGUAGAAGCCAUUGAGUCUCGCCUAGUCAGUGUUUGAUAUGCAUGCGCUGUCGAAGCACGCAAAAGAGGAGGAACUUAAAAUCUUUCUAUUCCGUGUCCAGCUGUUCCAUAUAUCGACUUCUUCGAUAAGAAUUUCAGUUGCCUAGACCCCUCGAUAGAACAUCAUGGCAGCAACAACCAGGGCGGGAAGCUACCCGAAUUCACCGGGCGUGGCUUUGAUCAUCAAUAUAAAAAAAUUUCGUAACAAGCCAGAUAAAACUCGACAUGGCGCAGAACACGAUGAAAAUUAUUUCAACCAGCUGUUCGGACUACUGGGCUUCGAAGUGAUUCGAGAGACAGACUGCACGAAGGAAGAGUUCGUCCGCAGCCUGCACAAGGCCAUGGGACACUUUGUAGGGGACAAGUUUGCUGGCCCCUUUUUCCUGUGUAUCAUGAGCCACGGAGAACAGAAUGGUGUCAUGUUUAACGAUGGCGAAAUUCUUUCGAGGGAACAGAUUGUGUCACUGUUCACUGAAGACCACUGCAAAAAUCUCGAGAACAGAGCCAAAGUGGUCCUUAUCCAAGCCUGUCGUGGAUUCAAUUACUUGGCUGCGGAACCAGACGGCACCGCCAAGGAAUAUCGGUACGAGCCGAAGCCGAGCUACAAGCCCGACUGCGUCUCGGCAGACCGGAAGGCAGACGUACUGGUUUUUCAGUCUUGUAUAGACGACCGAAUAUCCUUCAGGUCCACAGAGUUAGGAUCGCGCUUUGUCUACGUCUUCUGCCAAGUUGUCUGUAAAAAGCUCAUGUCCAACCAACCGUGCGAGAUUAUGGAUGUCACCAAGGACGUGAACAGUGAAAUGAAAAGGUUGAUUGAUUUCGAGGGUGCAAAAGUCUUCGCUACCUCCGAGGUGACAAGUAGUAGUCUUGUAAAGAAUCUGUACCUGUCUAUACCGGAAAGAAAUUGGACAUUGUUGAAAGGGGUUGCGGACGAAAUGCGGAGGAUCUCGCUCGUCCAGCACCAAGACCUCGCGGACGACGGCACCAGUAUAUGGUGCACGUGCAAGACCGGGUGCAGGCCGACGUCCCUGUGCAGGUGUCAGCGCGAGGGCCGGCCGUGCGGCCCGGGCUGCCACCACGCCGAGAAGAACGCCAAGUGCGUCAACAAGUCGAGGCGCUGCGCCUGCGACAGCACCUGCCAGACGGAAACGUGCGGCUGCUACAAAGCCGGCGGCUCCUGCGGCCGCGACUGCCACCCGCGGUCCUCCAUGUGCCGCAACGGCGAGGCGACUCCCUCGACGUCAGCGACGCCACCCGGAAGCAAGUCAGGGGAGGGCCCGGAAAGACACAUGGCUGAAGCCCGCCACCGACCCGAGCCACGAGGGCUCCCGGGCAGCAGCCAGGGACGACGUCCCCACGAAGCAGACACAGGACAGGGAAGCGAUGACAGCGAGGCCAGGUGCGGCUGCAAGGCGGGCUGUGGCACUCGGAGGUGUGGCUGCAUGAAGGCUGGGAGGGGCUGCAACGCCACGUGCCAUCCUAAUGCAAGCAACUGUGAGAACAGACGAGAGCGUCCAAGGGUCGGCGACGUCAGCGCUCCAGCAAAAGGCAAAGACAGCCGAGUGACAGGAGACAGUACUGCUGGUGAAGAUAGUGUAGCUAGCUGCGGCUGCAAAACGGGCUGUGGCACUCGUAGAUGUGGCUGCUUGAAGGUUGGCAAGGGUUGUAACGCCAAGUGCCAUCCCAACGCUAACAACUGUGAAAAUAAAGGUGGGCGUGGCAGCACUGCGCCGGACAGCGCCGGCAGCGUCGGACAGGGCAAGUCAAAAUCAUCAGAGCGUUGGAUCACAAGCACCACCAGCGAGGACAGUGAGAGUGAUGACAGCGACGCUACAACCAAAUGCGGCUGCAAAACGGGCUGUGGCACUCUUAGGUGUGGCUGCAUGAAGGCUGGGAAGGGUUGCAGCGUCAAGUGCCAUCCUAGUGCAAGCAACUGUGAAAAUAAAGGCCGGAACCAGUCGAAGCCGGUCGCACAGUCGUCAGGACGUUUGAGCAGCAGACAUAGCCGAGCGACAGAAGGCUGGACUGCCAGUGAGGACAGUGAGAGUGAUGACAGCGACGCUACGACCAAAUGCGGCUGCAAAACGGGCUGUGGCACCCUUAGGUGUGGCUGCAUGAAGGCUGGGAAGGGCUGCAACGCCAAGUGCCAUCCUAGUGCAACCAACUGUGAAAAUAAAGGCCGGAACCAGUCGAAGUCGGUCGCACAGUCGUCAGAACGGUUGAGCAGCAGACAUAGCCGAGCGACAGAAGGCUGGGAGAGUGUUGGCAGCGAAGCUGUGACCAAAUGCAGCUGCAAAACGGGCUGUGGCAGUUUCAGGUGUGGCUGCAUGAAGGCUGGGCAGGGUUGCAACGUCAAGUGCCAUCCAAAUGAAAGCAACUGUGAGAACAAACGAGAGCGUGGCGCCGAUUAUGCGAAGAACAGCAUCGUUGGCCAGAGAACGGCAAAAGAGCAGACGGCCCAUUCUCAUUCGUCGAGCAGCGGAGUUCGACAAGCCACGGAACACAGCUGCCGCUGCCUGACUGGCUGUGGCAGUGCCACUGGCACUCGCCGUUGUGGCUGCAACAAGGCCGGCAAACCUUGCAGCGCUAAGUGCCAUCCCGCGCCACGCGACUGCGCAAAUCAGAAUGGAGAAGAGUAGCGUCGGUGGCGUUGUGGUUGAGGCAUAAUUUUAGCUAAAACUUUAGCUCUAGAGUGUUGUACAUAUUUGUGAAAGUUUGAAUGGCGAAGGCUCGACAUUGUGCUGGUGUGCGCAACUGAGGACGGAACGUCGGAACCAAAAGUGACAAUCAACGAGUGGGAAAAUGUCAACUUUAAUAUCUAUACAAGGUUUCCUUCUUUUUGUACAGUCAGGUAUAUAAACAGUAAACAAUAAUUAUUAUUCCACAGAAA